CGAAAAUAGUACUGUAGUAAUAUGGCUUUACUUCCAUCAACAUUUAUAGACGUUUUACCAAAUCCACUGUGAAACCUUGAAGGGAAUCCGAGAGCACCAAUAUUUAAUCACGUUACCAUGGCAACGUGUCAGUGAUUGGCCACCUCAGCGCAAGUAUAAGAAAAAACGUCACCAAAUCUGAAUACGGAUGCUCGAGGCUCCCGCGAACUGAAACACAGUGAUGUAAAAAGUGUCGGUGUGAGGUGAGUGGACACAAGCAGGUGGACAGAAAUCUCAAACCGUACACACAGUAGAAAAUAAGAGCAAAGGUGGAAUUUAUUCACGUUAAAACAGUCCUGGAAAAGCUUUAGAAAACCUCUGCAACGAAAAGAUUUAUCCAGACUGGCGUUUUUUUUAGCAAACUGGAUUUCUGGAUUCCGACAGGUAUAAUGCAUAACAAUCACGUCCGGAGUGUUUACCUCUAGGCGUGGUGGAAACUCAUCCUCAAGACGGAGCAUUUGUUCUGCUGUUGCCCCCCUCUCCAAGAAGCCAAGACGUUGCUCCGCACAGAAUCGCGUGGCCCCAAUCCGAGGCGCGGUGCCCGUUCGGGAAGGUCGGCUCUCGGUCCCCUCCAGGGCGGAAUGAUGGUGCACUGCGCGGGGUGCGAGAGGCCCAUUCUGGAUCGGUUCCUCUUAAAUGUUCUCGACCGUGCAUGGCACGCGAAGUGUGUCCAAUGCUGCGAGUGUAACUGCAACCUGACUGAAAAAUGCUUCUCCAGGGACGGAAAGCUCUAUUGCAAAAUUGACUUUUUCAGGCGAUUUGGUACGAAAUGUGCGGGCUGCUUACAGGGCAUUUCGCCCAACGACCUCGUGCGAAGAGCGCGCAGCAAGGUGUUUCACUUAAAGUGCUUCACGUGCAUGGUGUGCAACAAACAGCUGUCCACGGGCGAGGAGCUCUACGUCAUCGACGAAAACAAAUUUGUGUGCAAAGAGGACUACCUGAACGCAAGCGCUAUCAAAGAGGUCAAUUUAAACUCAGUGUCGUCAUGUACGGACCGAAGUUUAUCGCCUGAUCUCCCGGACCCGAUACAGGACGACACGAAGGAGACGGACAAUUCCACAUCCUCAGAUAAGGACAAUAACAACAACGAAAAUGAGGAGCAAAACUCGUCCACGAAACGAAGGGGACCGCGCACAACCAUCAAAGCCAAACAGCUGGAGACGUUGAAAGCCGCGUUCGUGGCCACCCCGAAGCCAACGCGACACAUCCGCGAACAGCUCGCGCAGGAGACAGGCCUCAAUAUGCGAGUUAUACAGGUGUGGUUUCAAAACCGACGGUCCAAAGAACGCAGAAUGAAGCAGCUCAGCGCUCUCGGAGCCCGGCGGCACGCCUUCUUCAGGGGACCACGCAGAAUGAGGCCACUAGGAGGAAGACUAGAGGACCCUGACAUCCUAGGCCCUGGAGGAUAUAGUUACUAUGGAGCAGAAUACCAGGGUGAUUACUACGGUCCAGUGGUCAACUAUGAUUUCUUCCCACAUGGACCCCCGUCCUCACAAGCACAGUCUCCAGCCGAGUCCCCUUACCUCUUAAGCACAGGUUCUGGAGCCCUGGAUGGCGGUCCGCUCUCUGCUCAUCACCCCUCAGACGACCAAAGGUUCACGGACAUGAUCUCCCACGCAGACACCCCCAGCCCAGAGCCAGGCAUGACUGGCCCUCUCCAUCCCAAUCAACAGGGUGAAGGCGGCUUCGCAGGAGGUCCAAGUCCACCCUUCCCCCUCACCAACAACACGAGUUACAACGGCCCCAUGUCUCAUCCUGGUCAAGAGAUGGGGGAGAAUACAGUUUGGUAGGGUUGGGAAUUAUGGACAGAGAGAAGGUUUGGGAUAAGGCUUUGAACUAUGGACACCCUUCCAGCUUAUCCAAACCUCUCUUCCCAUCACCUUAAUUAUACUGAGGGAGGGCUUCUCGGCUGGUCAUGGCUCUCUGACCAGAACAAAACAUGUUCACCCAAUAUUUGGACUUUACAGAGAAGAGACAUUAAGUACAAGUGGCCACCCACUAUCUCAAAUUAGUUUCUACCGUCAAAGGAUAUGUAUCGUCCCCUGACCAAUCACAAUGGUUUGAUUCCAUUGCUAUGGUUUCCAAGUUCGAUAUUAUGAUUGUGCCAUAACCAACAAUAGCUCAAAUGUUCGUCCAAGGGUUUUCUACUGCUGUUGACUUACUGAAUAGUAAAGUUGUCGAACCGCUUCCAAAUAGAAGUACGCUGGAUGGUUGCACUGUUGAUAAAUGCUCUUGAUGCAUUUGAUUCUAAAUGCGUUUGAUGGUUAAGUUUACUUUCACAAGUGAACAAAUACUUAAAGGUACAGUAACUGCAUCUUCAUUGUUGGCUUUUGUUACUUCCUUUUCCAAUAUGCUGAGGCUCAGUUUGUUCAGAUUUAUUGUUUUAGUUUCUUUCUGUCUUACAACUGGUCCGUUUGUAACAUAUUUGGUUAAUUCAUUAAUUGAUGAAGUGGUUCAUUAAACAUUUCG